UCGGGAGCUCGAGAGACGCUGAGAAAACAAAAGAAAAUUUAUGUGCCAUGAUGUUCCAUGAAUCACAUAUACAAGCUCCAUGCCCGUCUUCUCAAAACCGGUCAUCACAACCACCCACUCGCCCUCCGCCGCCUCCUUCUAUCGUGCGCCGCCUCUGCUCCGGCCAGCUUAUCCUACGCGCGCUCCAUCUUCGACCUCAUCGCCUUUCCAGACACUUUCGCUUUCAACACCAUCAUUAGAGCUCAUGCCGACUCUUCCCCCUCUUUUUCUCUUUCGCUUUUCUCUAAAAUGACCAUGGCCGGUGUCUCACCAGACCACUUCACCUUUCCCUUUGUUCUCAAGGCUUGCGCCCGUCUCCAAACUGGUCUGGACCUCCACUCACUUCUCUUUAAGCUUGGCUUUGAUUCUGAUGUUUAUGUGCAAAAUGGGUUGAUCCAUGUUUAUGGGUGUUGUGGGUUUUUGGAUUUUGCAUUGAAGGUGUUCGAGGAAAUGCCCGAAAGAGACUUGGUCUCUUGGUCAUCGAUGAUCGCUUGUUUUGCGAAUAAUGGUUUUGGGUAUGAGGCUUUAGCGUUGUUUCAGAGAAUGCAGCUUGUGGGUACUGUGAAACCCGAUGAAGUUAUCGUUCUCAGCGUGGUAUCUGCGAUUUCUAUCUUGGGGGACUUGGAAUUGGGAAAGUGGAUUCGUGGUUUUAUUAGCAGAAAUGGGUUGGAAUUUACAGUUUCAUUGGGGACGGCUUUGGUUGAUAUGUUUUCUAGAUGUGGGUGCAUUGAGGAGUCGAUGAGGGUGUUUGAUGAAAUGGGUGAAAGAAAUGUGUUGACAUGGACUGCAUUGAUUAAUGGGCUUGCGGUGCAUGGACGGAGUGCAGAGGCGCUAAGGAUGUUUUAUGAGAUGAGGAAUCAUGGUUUUCAGCCGGAUCAUGUUACUUUUACUGCAGUUUUGGUGGCUUGCAGUCAUGGAGGUCUUGUCAGUGAGGGGUGGCAUGUCUUUGAAAGCAUUAGGAAUGAAUAUGGCAUGGAACCAUUGCCUGAGCAUUAUGGUUGUAUGGUUGAUCUCCUUGGCCGUGCAGGCUUGCUUAAUGAAGCCUGCAAAUUUGUGGAUAGAAUGCCAAUUAGGCCAAAUUCCAUCAUUUGGAGGACUCUGCUUGGAGCAUGUGUAAACCACAAUUAUAUUGAGUUGGCAGAGAAAGUGAAGGAGAAGAUCAAUGAGCUUGAUUCUUACCAUGAUGGUGAUUAUGUGCUUCUAUCAAAUGUGUAUGGUGGAGUUGGUCGGUGGGCUGAGAAGGCUGGGGUGAGGAAUUCAAUGAGAGAGAAGAGAAUCAGCAAGAAACCUGGCUGUAGUUUGAUUAAUGUGAACCAUUUGAUUCAUGAGUUUGUUGCAGGAGAUAAUAAUCAUCCCCAGUUUGAGAGUAUUAGGGAGUUCUUGGUUUCAAUGAUUGAUAGUUUGAAAGUUGUGGGUUAUACUCCUGAUAUAUCAAAUGUAUUGUUUGACAUCGAAGAAGAGGAGAAGGAGAGUACUCUUGGUUACCAUAGUGAGAAGUUGGCUGUUGCCUUUGCCCUCCUUUGUUUUAAGGACAGUAGGACCAUUAGGGUCAUGAAGAAUCUUCGAAUUUGUCAUGAUUGUCAUUGUUUCAUGAAGCAUGCUUCAGAUGUAUUUGAAAGGGAGAUCAUCAUCCGGGACAGAAACCGUUUCCAUCAUUUUAGUAAGGGAUCAUGCUCUUGCCGGGAUUAUUGGUGAAUGAUGCACCAUUUUCAGCCCUCCAUUAUGGUGCUUGUAUUUAAACUAUCAAAUAUAUGGUGUCUUUGCUCUCAAAUUAUGAUUGAAUGUCAUAAAUGCAUUUCAAUGAAUAAGUACUUCAGAGAACCUAUUUGAAA